CGGUGCUGUGCACAACGGGCUCCUCUCCUCUCCUCAACAUAAUCCAGUGAAAAGGAUGUCACUUUACAUGGGUACACAUAGGACGCUGGACACUGGACGCUGGGCCCCGCGCAGCGCCCGGUCUCCUCAGCCGGAAAAGGACACGCCUCUGACUGCAACUUUGACUGAGACGACUGACAGAGAAUGACUGCUUGAAGACUGAGACGACUCUCCCAAGCGGCAGAGAGGCGACGGACCCAAUUGCAGGUGCACCAGUUUUAUUGAGGGGACAGGUGAAAACUCGUGGUCCAUAAACAGUUUAGACGUGUGUCAAAUAGCGCAGCCUCACCAGAACACAGAGCGGGUGCCCGUGGGCGCAUCACCCCCUCCCGAGUGGCGUGCGGUUCCAACAGGCAAUGGGUGAUGGUGUCACGCUCAAGUACCCGGGAGGACCGUGGAGCUGGACCGGUUCUUCAAGUUCCUGCAUAACUGCUGAAGGCGUGACGGCAGGAGUAUUCAGCUGAAGAGAGCGCAGGCGCUCAGAGAUACAUACACACACUGAGAGGGCGGCGAGCUCCCGGGCACACGCAGCACACAGAAACCAGUCUGAUCCAUGGAGCAGCAGGUAAAGACCCCUCCUCCUGUAGCUCCUCGCAACCCUGGAGCCUUCAGGAAGGUGUCAGGGGGGCCAAACAGCCCUUCUUCGUCCUUCCCCGGGACCACAGUGAAUGGACUCCACAAUGAGCUCAACUCCAAAUCUACAGCACAACUGCAGAGAGAAGUGGAAAUCCUGAACCACUGCUUCAGCGACAUCGAGGCCUUCAUGGGGCGACUGCAGCAGGCUGCCGAGGCCAGCAGUGUCCUCGCCCAGAGGAAGACCAAGAAGAAGAACAGCCGCAGGAAGGAGCAGGAUGGAGAGAGCAAAGACGACCUGCUGAUGCUGAGGGCCCGACCGCCGCAGGAGGACGAGUUUGUGGACAUCUUCCAGAAACUCAAGUACUGCUUUAGCCUGCUGGCGCGCCUGAAGCCCUUCAUCGCUAACCCCACGUCAGAGGAGCUGCUGCACCACAUCUUCUUGCCCCUGGAUCUGCUGGUGAAGACAACCGGAGGGCCGGCACUGGGGGCGAGCGUGGUGAGCCCAGCCUUGAGCAGCGGAGCCGUGGCCCUUUUGCAGGGGCACCUGACUGAGGAGGAGCAGCAGCUGUGGACAGCUCUGGGGUCCAACUGGACACAGCCACGGUCCCAGCUUAGAGAGGUUGUCUCCCCCUACAUACCCCUGUUCUCGGAUGGAUGGACACCCGCGGCCUUUGACCCCGAGGGACAGCCGUGGGAGGACCCUGUUGAGCUGCAGCACAACCAAGACCAAUUAAGGGACAGAAUCCAGCGCUCCUCCAGCGUGUCCGCCCAGCGAGCCGCCUCUCCAGAGCAGUUCGCCGACCACAUCGAUGCCCUGCCAGAGGCAGAGAGGAUGUACGUGUGCUGCUACGACUUUGUGGCGCGGAACAGCAGCGAGCUCUCCGUGCUGCACGGCGAGAUACUGGAGGUGAUCGAGUCGUCCAAGCGUUGGUGGAAGUGCCGCAAUCGUUACGGCCAAAUCGGCUUCGUGCCCUUCAACAUCCUGGAGCCCAAGGGGGGGUCCAAGGGGGAGCCCAAGCCAGUGAACAGGCACCACUCCAUGGCUGUGACGAGCCUUUCGGGCCCCGCUGAGGCGCAGCCCUGGGCCAGUCGGCCGUACAGCCAGCCGCCAGACAGCGACAGAGUCAUGGUGGUGAACGACGAGCUCCUGGGGAAGCUGGCCAGAAGGAAGUCCGGCAGCGGAGCACCUCCGGUGGAUCGCCGCAGGUCCAGCACGUCGGAGCCCCUCACCUACCAGUCGAGCCCCAGCAGGGUGGAGAAGUGGCUGCGGGGAAAGGGCUUCAGUGAGAGGACAGUGCAGAGCCUGGGUGUUCUCACUGGCGCACAGCUCUUCUCCCUCAACAAGGAGGAGCUGCGCUCAGUUUCUCCAGAGGAGGGCGCUAGGAUCUACAGCCACAUCAUGGUGCAGAAGUCUUUGCUGGAGGACGAGCGGAGGGUCACGGAGCUCGAGACGGUCAUGGAGAAACAGAAGAUCAAAGUGGACCAGAAGGAGGACAGCGGCAGGCUGUGAGCGUGGGGGUCAGCGACGGUGCUUGUGGCAUGGAUGCAGUGGCAGCAGUUCCGCUACAGUGGUUUCUCCACUUCGACAGGGACACAAGCAGACACGCACACACAGGGGUGUGUAAGGGUGUGACUGGUAUCGUAAGUAAGACCUGUAUUCAGUGUAAUUAACGCUAAUGAUCCGUCUCUGUUUAGUCCCCAUUAAGGACCUUCUCCUGCAACAUCUUCUCAACAUGUGGUGUCCACUAGCAAUGCAGAGCUUUGUUUGGUGGGGGGGCCUGUCCUGGGUAAACAGCCCCAUGUGCAGCUUUCUCAGCGUGUGACAUGUAUGAAGAUCAAAUGUGUUCGUACGUAAUGAUCACACUGCUUUACUCUUUAGACCCCUGUGCGAUACCAGAGUAUUGUGCAGAAUUGCUCUGGAUCGCAACGAGAGAAAUAAAACCGAGUCGGGCUCCUAUGGUCACGCAUCUCGCUGUCUUCCUCGGCGAACUGUCGCUGAAACACAGACAUGGGCUGUUAACACAUUAACGUCCCAAAUCCCAGAGCGGAACAGACACUGACACGAGAACACGGCAGAGGAACGUGGGGCAAGCGGGCUCCACCGAGCGGCACGGUGGCCACACUCCAAGCACACGCCGACAUACGGUGCGGGGGGUACGGCUGGCAGUUCACCUCGCCGCAGUUCGCACGCACGCGCACACACACGGAAGGGUCCCACUGCCCACGGACGGACAGCCAACAGGCAGAGAUUCAGCAUCUCGAGUCGAAACCUGAAUUUUCUCAACAAAUCAAAUUUGGUGUCUUGUUAACAAGUAAAAAUAUGUAUUUUCAUCACUUAAACUCAUAUCGCAAUCCAUGCUUCCUCAACAACGCACCUUCUGAAGGUUUAAAGGCCUAAAAAAUGUCCUUUUCUAAAUUUCUAUCUUUUUUCUCUUUGAGAGUGUUGCCUCUGUUAUGUCACAUAUGAGGAAACAAUAAAUAUAUUUUGGGUCCUAAUCUCUGGACAGUUUGUGCACUUUUUAUACCUCUGACUUCUGUGAAUUUGUUUUCAAUUUAGCAAUUAAGUGCAGUUGACAAA